AUUAUGAUAUAAGGUUGACCUUGGAUAUAAUAAAUGGAAAAAGAGAGAAAAUAAUCGAUGGUACUCCACUUGAAUAUAGUUUUAUAUAUCAAAAAUGUUGGAAAUUUGAACCAAGUGAUCGUCCAAAUAUACAAGAGAUUGUUUCAACUCUUAAAUCAAUGACUUCUCUUAAACAAGAAACUGGUGAUGAUUUUAUUUCUACUUAUAAAGAAAUAGACAAUUCACCAAUAAAUAAGGAAUCCACAAGCGGGAUGGUUGACGAUUAUGAUUUAGACAAUAUACCAAAUGUUGAUCAUUUUAAAAAUAUUGGAUCCGAAAGCAAUUCAGAUUUACAACAAUCGAAUACGAUAUUUUACAAAAAAGUCUUACCAAAUUAA